UAGCUUUGGCAGUUGUUGAGGAAGGGUUUUGUGCUCUGCUAGGGUUUUGGGUCUCAUUCCUCUAGCAUUCGAAUUUCUACGAUUACACCUUCUCUCAGAGCACAAUUCGACCCAUUCUUCCAUGGAUCCUUCGUCAUUGAACUCCCCAGAGUUGCAGAACCUUCUAAACCAAGAAAAAGAGAGGGCCAUGAUUAGUGAAAUGAUCUCAAAGCUUACAUCUGCUUGCUGGGACAAAUGCAUCACAGGCACUCCCGGAAGCAAGUUCAGUUCCAGUGAAGCUAAUUGUCUCACAAACUGUGCUCAACGUUACAUGGAUAUGAGUCUCAUCAUCAUGAAGCGUCUUCAACAGUGAUAUUUAGUCCAAUCUUCCAUUUUGAUUUGAACAAGUCCUUUCGUUACUGAUAUCGAUGGCGUGUACCCCAUACUUCACUUACUGUCUUUUUCAGGGAUAUGUUUCUUGUUAGGUUCUGUUCUGCCAUCGACAAUAUUUAUGUUUCCGAUUUUUUAUUAUGAAAAGCUAAGCUCAGUUUCUAUGAUCGAGAGAUUGAGUUUUUUGUUUCA